AUGCUCGCUCGAAUAGUCGCAGCUUGCCUAAUUGGCUCCAUGUUCAUCUUCAUUUCCGCCUACGAGUCGGGACCGGAACGGAUCGGUUAUGAACUCACACUCAGCGGCACGGAACCUACCCAGAAGAUCCCCGAAAAAUGUCGGUGCGAAGCCAAAUGGCAAAAGACCACGGUAUCUCAACCCUGUAAGAGCGUGCUCACCUGUGAUCGAGCCGGCAUACAUGGUCACUGUCCUUUCCACAGUUACGUGGAAUAUUUUACAUGCAGCAAUCCGAAGUGCAGCGGCAGUGCAGGCCCCAUCUUCACAAGUUGCAAGUACCCGCAUCAACUAGGCAAGUGUGACGAACCUAACAUACCUCAAGCCCUAAUCAGGGGGAGGCGCACACUAAGCGCUCCUCCCCGUCUCCAGGACGGACACUGGUGCACCUUCGACGCCCCUUCAAUUUGA